UCCCAUUCUCUUCCUUCUUCAAGAAAUCAAUUCCAAAGCAAAGCAUCCUUCUUCUUCUAUAUCAUUAUCGCCACAACCACCAUUUCCCUUAAUCUGUUUCAGCAUAAUCCAUUCACUUUCCAAUUCCCAAUUCAGAAAACCCACAACUUUUCUUAAUCCAAAAAAAUGGCAUCCCAAGAACCUACUAUUCUCUCUGAAAAAUCUAAAACGGAAGCUCAAGAACCCAAAACGACACCACAAGAACAGAAAACGACAUCUCAAGAAGCAGGAGAUUCCCAGCUUCCUCUGAUCCCACCAUUUAAGUACUCGAAAAGAGUAGUCCUUAAAACCAUACUAGAACGAGACGAUGGUGGGGUUGGCUUGGCAGGAGAAAGAGUUGUGAUAGGAGGGUGGGUUAAGUCUUUUAAGGAGGUGAAAAAAGACUCUCUGCCAUCAUCAUUAGCAGAGGGUCAUGAAAGCGAUAUUGUCUCUCCAGGGCAUAAAGAUGUAAGCUGCAUGGAGAUUCUUCAAACUCGUCUACCUUUAAUUAGGUCAAUAGCAAAGAUUUUUGGUGGUGGGGGAAGCAACCCAAUUCGUGCAAAGUUGGAGCCUCAGCAGCCUGUAACCUCUAUACCUAAACCAGCUUUGUCUUCAAUCGUUAACUUGCUUGUUAGCGAUGGUUCUUGUGUUGCAACUCUUCAGGUUAUUAUAGAGUUGUCUGAAGGUUUUCCCAUCCGAUCUCUGCCUAUUGGAACUUGUAUAUUAGCUGAAGGUGUCCUGAAAGUUUUAUCAACGGUAGGAAAACGUGGUAUUGAGUUUAAAGCAGAGAAAAUUCAUCAUAUAGGAACAAUAGAAGAGGACAAAUAUCCAUUAUCAAGGAAGCGAUUGCCAUUGGAGACCUUGAGAGACUGUUCCCAUUUUCGGCCCCGAACUACUACUGUGGCAUCUGUUAUGCGAAUCCGAAGUGCCCUGACUUUUGCAACUUACACAUUCUUCCAAAAUAAUGGGUUUCUCAGUGUGCAAGUUCCCAUCAUAACAAUCACAGAUGGUGAAGGAUUUAGCGAGAAGUUUCGAGUUACAACUCUUUCUGGAACAGAAGUUAAAAAGGAGUAUCCCAAGAUUACUACUGAUGAUACUGAAGGUGUUAGUUUUGAAACUGUCAAGGCUGCAUUAAAAGAGAAGAAUACUUUGGUUCAACAACUCAAGAGAAGUGAUAGCAAUAGAGAGGCUUUGCUUGCGGCCGAAGAGGAUUUGCUAAAAAUAACUCAAUUGGCAUCACUAAUAGAAGCAAAAAGAAAACUGAAAUCAGAAACUUUAAGCAAGGCUAGUGAAGUUCAUGUUCCUGAAGAUUUCUUUUCUCAACAGACUUAUUUAACUGUUUCUGGUCUCCUUCAUCUGGAAAGCUAUGCUUCUGCUCUUGGCAAUGUCUACGCUUUUGGACCCAGAUUUCGAGCAGAUAGAAGAGGAUCAGCUAAACAAUUGCCAGAGAUGUGGAUAGUUGAAGCUGAAAUUGCCUUUUCCCAAUUAGAGGAUGCAAUGAACUGUGCGGAAGACUACUUCAAGUUCCUCUGCAAAUGGGUUUUAGAAAAUUGUUCAGAAGACAUGAAAUUUAUUUCCAAACGUAUUGACAAAAACAGAAUCAAUCUUCUUGAAGCAAUGUCACGAUGUGCAUAUGAAAGGAUCACUUACAUGGAAGCAGUGAACAUUCUGAAAAAGGUUACUGAUAGAAAAUUUGAUAUUCAGCCCGAAUGGGAUGCUCCUCUAACAUCCCAACAUCUAAGUUGUUUGACCGAUGAAAUCUACAGUAGGAAGCCUGUAAUUAUAUACAAUUAUCCUAAAGGACUUAAACCGUUUUAUGCACGCUUAAACGAUGAUGGGCAAACAGUUGCAGCAUUUGACAUGAUUAUACCCAAGGGUGGAAUAUUGAUCACUGGAACCCAAAAUGAGGAACGUUUCAAUAUGCUAAAUACAAGGAUAAAUGAACUAGGGUUGGCAAGAGAGCAGUAUGAAUGGUACUUAGAUCUGCGAAGGCAUGGAACAGUUAAAACAUCUGGUUUUAGUGCUUGGUUUGAUCUUUUGGUUCUGUUUGCUACUGCCAUUCCUGAUGUUAGAGAUGCAAUCCCUUUUCCUAGAAGCAGUGGCAAAGUUAACAACUAAUUAUGUAAUUUUAGCAUAAUCUGAAAGAAAUGAUAAAAAAUAAACAAAAGGAGGUACAUGUAUAUAAUAUAUACGAUUGACCUUAUGUAUAUGUUAUUGAAAGUUGAAAUAAAAUUAUUCCAAGUUUGUGCAUA